AUGGUCAUCUCUACUUUUAGACACAAAGAUCGCAUCUUUUUCACUUGGAAUAAAUCUCCCAACAUACUUCAAACGCAUCUAGAAUCGUUACAAAAACAACAUCCCAGUGUUAAGUUUCGACUAUCCAUUGGUCCAAAUGUCCAUUAUUGGAAUGCUUACAUUGAAAAUCGAAGGGGUGAACUCUACACUCGAGUCUAUCACGAUCCGACAGCCCUACGUUACACAAUGUCCUACGUCGUUGGCCAUUCCAAGGUGCAACAUAGUGAAUGGCUUCGAUCAGCACUUCUUCGAGCUGACUUAUCUUGCCAAUGGCUACUCAUUUUACUUUGUGGAAAGUCAUGUGCAGAAUUUCUUCGACUAUUUCGAGGAUGA